UUAAAUUGUAAUGGCGUUCGAGUUAGAUGAUCUUUUGAAGGACGAUAAAAAAGAUGCUAAUUUAAUACCGGAUCUGAGUAAAGCGACAUGUAAUUCUCAAGAGGAAUUCAAACAAUUAUUGGAACAUUGUCCAGAAUUUAAGAUCAAAUCAGAAAAGGUAAAAAAAGAAGAUACCAAGGUACGUGAUAAAGAAUUUUCUUGGAAAGCUACCAAAAAAGAAUUGAAAGCUAUUGAAAGAGAAUGGGCAUACGGAGAUCCCAUACCGCCCGACAUGAAAAAUUUAAAUCUUCACGAAUUACAACAAGUUGCUAUCGAUUGGAGAAUGCUUACGCCGAUUAGACCGAAACUUCGCCAAGAUGAAGAACUGUUUUCAAGAUUGGUAGAAAUGGGGAAGUUAGAAGCAAAAACUCGCAUGAAAGAACGACGUUCCUUUGUAAGUCCAAUAAGACGUAAUAAAAAUCGAGCUGGUAUUAUCGAGAGUAGUGUUAAAAUUUGCGGGGAAUGCGGGGAAGAAUAUUGUUUUGGUGAAACUUGCGGCGAUAUUUUGUAUGACUCGUACGUUCGAGUCGCUGUUUUGACUCAGCAAUCUAAGACGAAAAUCUCUGCCGAUACAGAAGCCAUUAUCGCUAAUAUGAAUCGUCCUAAAAAGCAGAAAAGGAAAAAACUUAAAACAAAAAGUAAGACUCCCAGAAAAAGUGUACGUUUGUUGAUUCACCAUAAAACGAAAAAGCUUACAAAUAAAAGCAAUAAGAAUAGACGCGAGAGUGAUGUCGAAGAAUCCGUAAAACCCAUAAAACAAUUUAAAAGAAAAUGCACUAAAUAUCGGAAAAAAGGGCAAUCGAACAAAUGAUCGCAUUAUACAGACGACAAAUAAUUUCCCAUAUAAAAGUAAAUAUAAAAGUUCUUCCAAGCUUUUCCUUGCCAUAUUUUUUUCUAUACAUUUGUUUAAAUUUGUUAAAAAAUUAACAUAAACAUAAUUAAAUCAUAAAAAUAGACUUAAUAUGUAUUUCUAACGAUAAUAGUUAAAUAUGAAAACUUUAUAAAAAUAUACAAUAAUAUUAAUUAUACAUUUAGUAGAAACUAUAUACGAUCAUUAUAAAGCAUUAAUGAGACUCGUAUGUAUAUACCUUUCCACAUUUAAUGCUAUUCAUGUGCUAAUAUUAUACUCAAUAGGUGUAUGACUUUUAGAAUUACUUCGAACUUCUGUUUAGAAAUAAAUAAUAAACUUCUAGGUGUAUGUAGUAACAGAUUCGUAUUAAAAGUAGGUAAUUUCAAUGAUUUUAGGAUUUUCGUAGUUUUAAUUCACACUAGUAGCAUACGUGCUUAAAGAAAAAGAUAUAAAUAAUAAAUUAUAAAUAUAU